CUAGUGGCCUGGCAUCCUGGCAAUAGCCAUAGACUGUCCUAGAUGAAGAGCUGGAGAGAAGGAUCUGAGGCCUCAUCUGAGCAAGGUGGGUUUGGGCUUCUUGGCUUCUGGUAUCCUUUCUUGCUUUAGAGCUAUAAUCUGAGAAUCUAAGAAGUCAACUAGUCCAUUCUCCUCAUUGUACAGAUGGGGAAACUGAGGCUUAGAGAGGGCAAAUGAUUUGCUUAAGGUGACACGGGUGAUGUUUUUACAAAUAUAUGGAUAUGAUUGAGAAAGUGAGGGGCCAGGAACUGUUUCCUUUUUGUCACUCCAUUGGCAGGACCUAGCAGAGCCUCACACAAUGGGAGCUUAGCCAAUGUUUCUUGAACUGUUGAAUUCCUAGGAUGAUACCAGCUCACAUUGAUACAAGGGCUCUAAGUUGCUCCAAGCAAACUGUGGAAACUGAGGCUAGGCUAAAUUGUGACAUAGCUAGUCAGAGUCAGACCCAGCAUUCAAACUCGGUUUCUCCAAGUCCAAGACCCCCCACCCCCAAGUGGGAGGACCUGGGUCAAAUCCUUGCUCUCCCGGUUUGACCUCGGGGUUAAGUUAGUGGCCCCUCUCGGAAACCCUCCUACCCUCCUUUUUGUUUUUGUCUUUGUCUGAAGAAUGAAUGAGGGGCCUGGAGCAGAGAAUCCCCAAGACGAAGUUAAGGGCGAGGGCUCUCCCUCCGAGCUUGGGCCGGCUCCCACUCCAUGUCCAGAGGGUACCAAGAUGCCCCUUGGUUUUGGGGGGCUGGCGGGGUGGGUGGGAGACUGAGUGGCAGCUCCUGGCAGCCUCUCCUCCCUCCAGCAUUUACUGCUGCAGCCCCGCCCGCCCGAGUCUGCAGUCCUCCCGCAUUUGCCCGAGCUCUCCCUCCUCCCCCCGCCCGCACGUCCACUCUGCGGAUGCCCAUUGGGCUGUGGCGGGCACGUUUGCCUCUGCAUUUCCUGUUGGCAGCAGAGAGUCGGCGGGGGGGUAUAGGGGGGGGGAAAGGAAGCCGCAGUCGCAGCCGGAGCCGGAGCGGGAGGGAGCCAGCUGCGAGCUCUCUGCCCGCAGUGUCCUCCAGCCAGCUCCCCGUGCUCGGGGAAGCCGGAGCCGAGGUCGCUGCCCCGUCCCGACGCGACUGGACCUCCGUCCCUCCCUCCCCCGGCAAGGGCACCGAAGGGCUAGGGGAGGGAGGGGACGGCGGAGAGAGCCCCUGUCCUGCGCUGCCCACCCUAGCCACCUCGCCCUGCGCUGCCCACCUUCCCUGCGCUGCCCACCCUGCCCUGCCCUGCCCUUGGCCGCUCUGCUCCCCAGCCGGCUCCUCUCCCCCUGCGCUGUCCGCAGCAGCACCGAGAGGGAUGCGCGCCGCACUCCUGGUGGCUUUGCUCCUGGGUGGCUUCUGCAGCUGGGAGCUAGCCGUCGGGGAGCCUGGGCCACCAUGCCAGGCUCCGCAGCAGUGGGAAGGACGUCAGGUGCGCUACGAGCACAGCAGCGGCCGCAGCACCCGGGCCCUGCUCACCUACGAUGGACCCCAGCAGCGCAUCCGCCUGCUGGAGGAGAGGAAGGCUCUCAUCCCCUGCAAGAAGUUCUUUGAAUAUAUUUUCCUCUACCAAGAUGGAGUGAUGUUUCAGAUUGACCAAGCCACCCAGCUGUGCUCCAAGAUUGCCUUGACUGACCAAUGGGAUCCUCUGGAUAUCCCCCAAAACUCAACGUUUGAAGACCAGUAUUACAUAGGGGGCCCUCAGGACCAGAUUAUGAUACAGGAGUGGUCAGACAGGAAGGCAGCUCGGAAAUAUGAAACCUGGAUAGGAGUCUAUACUGUCAAAGAUUGCUACCCAGUCCAAGAAACCUACAUCAGGAAUUACAGUGUCACAUUCUCUACUCGCUUCUUUGAUAUCCAGCUUGGCAUUCGUGACCCCUCUGUGUUUACUCCACCAAGCACUUGUGAGAGAGCCCAGACAAGGAUGAUGAGUGAAGCCUGCUGACUGCGGACAUGAGCUGCUCAUAGGCUGAAAAAUCACAGUAACUACUGACCUGUUGGGAAAACUACUGACAUACACAGAAAGUUGAUUAUGGUUCUUUAGGCUAUCAGAGCCUUCAUGGGAUAGUAAAUUCUAGUGUUGCUUGUGUAAAUGCCAUCAGGUAAAUUGUGCCAGCUGUCACUUUUUUUUUCCUAUUUAAAACUCAAAUUGUGUUCCUACAGGUAAACUGGAAUAAAAGGGGAGUAAUUAUGCAGGUAAUUCAUGAUCAGAAAAAAAUCCAUCCCGGCUCAUUUCAGUUAAAAACCACCUGCUGAAUUGGCCUGAAUUACCUGGAUCAUUCAGCUCCUUUUCAUUGUUCUUUUCCUAAGUAGACACAUUUUCAGUGAUGCAUUUGCUGGCUCUUCCUAGAAGUUUCUGGAUAACAUCCUGUGAAUUAGAAAAUGUGCUUAAUUCUGUGCUGACCGUUCUGUUAAAAUGUGCUUGAUUUUUCAGGUUAAAGAGAGAGAGGGAACUGCCUCUCUCAAGUUCGCUUGGCUCAUCAGACAGAUUGCUAGCCUGUCUUUUGUUAUCUUUGUGGUGAUUGGUGGGUUUGCCCAAGAGCUCUGUUGAAUAGCUAAAUGGGAACUGGAACAUGGCAUAUCUCAAACAUCCCAUUUCAUAAUCAUCAAAACCAUUAAACACAUUACAUGCUCAUUGUGCUUUUAUAUUUUCUUGUCAUUCAGGAAGUCGCCGAUCCAUUUUCCCCUGUUGCUUGCCCCUCCCCACGAUGGUUUCCCGUUCACAGAAGUUCAUUCAUUCAUUCAUUUAUUCAUUCGACAAACAUUUAUCAAUCACCACCUCUGUGUCAGGCACUGUGCUUGGUGCUGAGGCCCCAAAAGACAAAAAUGAGGCUGUCUCUGCCCUCAAAAAUCUGGGAGGGAAAAAAAACCUGUGCCCAAAAUGUUCUAUAAAACUCAGCUAGACUGAGAUUUGUCUAUCUUAGGAUAAGUGAGGCCCUCCCCAAGGAUAGGGAAGAGACUAGAUGGCCUUCCACAAGCCUCUAGGGCUUUGAGAUUAUGCUUUUCCAGUAGGAACAGAUUGAUGGCAAUAUCUGGGGCAGGAGAAUCAAAGAUGAAGGAUUCUUGGGCUAGUAAUCCUCUAGUGAGACAUUCCAUUGGAGAGGAGAACUCUGCAGCCAGCGGACUUAGGAGCCAUUGGCUUGUCUAUUUCCCAAUCAGUGUCCCUAAUUAACAACGCCCCGCCCCAACGAAGGUCACACAGAGCAUGUGCACCUAUCCCUUGCCCUCUCCAAACUGACCAAGACAGGGUUUGGGUGGGCUUCCGGCCCCAAUCCGCCUCCGGUGAAGGUCUUGGAAACCGACGUGAUGAAGAGCCCCCUCAGGGGCUGUUGCUGCCACAGAGGAGAUCCCGAAGGGGCCACCUUCUCUGUCUCUGCCUUUGUCGGUGGAGACUCUCCAGGCAUGCCCCUGAGGGCUGGGGAAGGACAGGCCCUUCUGGGCUGCAGGGUCUUCAGACAGGUGGGGAAUAGGUGCCCAUGCUCUGUCCCACUCCUGCUGGGCUAGUCUACAAGGCAGGUCAGUCUCGGGCGACUCUCUGAUAACUUUGCUGUGUCUGCUGUCUUGCCUUCCUCCAGAUGGUGUCUGUCUGUCUGUCGUCUCUCUGUCUGUCUGUCUCCUUCUUCCUGUGAAUAGCAGAUUUUGUAUAUUCCCGGCUUCCCCCAGGGGUAUUUGAGUAAACUCACAUACAGGCAACCAAAGCUACUAAGAAGCAUUUUGGACUCGAAAUGUCCUUAUCACAAGCAGAAAAGGCCCCGGGAAGUCCUUCUGCGCCCAGUAGCGAGGUAAUAAGGCCUCUCUCCUUCCUUCCUCGAGGGGUCACUCAACCUGUCGCACAUGAACAAACUCAUUAACACCAGGAGGGAAAGGGCCAAUAGUGUGAGUGGACAUCUCGAACUUCACUGAGAUAGCGUCUCCUGCCAGGAUUCCCACGCAGCUUCUGCUGCCUUGCUCUGGCUUCUGUCUGCUAAUUCUGCCUCUGGCUCAGCUUUAGCCCCGCUUCUGCCGCUACUGCUAGAGUUGCCGCCGCCGCCGCUGCCGCCGCCGCUUCUGCUAUCGCCGCCGCUUCUGCUAUCGCCGCCGCUUCUGCUAUCGCCGCCGCUUCUUGCUAUCGCCGCCGCUUCUUGCUAUCGCCGCCGCUUCUUCUAUCGCCGCCGCUUCUUGCUAUCGCCGCCGCUUCUUGCUAUCGCCGCCGCUUCUUGCUAUCGCCGCCGCCGCUGUCUCUACCGCCGCUGUCGCUACUGCCACUUGCCGCUACUGCCACUGCCGCUACCGCUGUCGCUACUGCCUCUGCUGCCGCCACUGCUGCUGCUUGCUCCUUCAAGCUUCGCUGCUUCGCCCGCCACUCUCUGCCCUCACUUUCUUCUUGCUCCCAGCAAUCUCUGCUCUCUUCUGAUCAGCACCUCCACCUUGGCCCUGGGCCAACAUAGGAAAGUGAGUCUCUUCUCAGCCCUUUCCGGUUUCUCUUGUCUGUUACAUUGUAUCUCCAGUUAAAGAUUUGACAGUCCCUGCAAACGACGACUGGUGCAUCUUCUGUAGUAGACUUUGGGAAAAGUCAUUCUCCACGUCUGUCUUAUUACAUAUAGCAAAAGAGACACUUAGAUCACACGAGGAAACAUGUGGGACCCCAUCACCCGGCAAAGCUACAUGCCCCCGGCCAAAUGCAGAGGCCAACAUAGGUAUAUACUACAUCUCUUAGAGUUAUAUAGAACAGAUGAAUCGGAAAGGUCGUGAGCACCAAAGCAGACACAAAUGGAGUCCCCUCUGUAUUUAAUCCUUUGGGAUCUCCAACCUAAUGAGAGAGGGACACUGAUCCAACUCACAACACCCGUGUUGAACCCUAGAGUCCCAAACUGCUCUCCAUAAUUGGCUUCUCCUUCAAUCAGAACCAGAGAGCACUGACUUCUCAGGACCAAAUGCCACCUGAAGUCUUUGACCACAUCCUCAAGGGGUCAAACGUUGUCAAGGUCCUAAUGAAUGCCGGGGUUGUGGCUAGCUUGGUCUGGUCCACUCUGCUUCCUUUCUCUCUAUGUAGCUCUUGCUCCUCCUGCUUCUGUUUCCAUUGCUCCUUGCUUCAAGCUUCCUUCCAUGCAGAAGAAACUAAGCUUUUUCAACCUUUCAUUCUAUUAGAAUUUGUGCUGGGUGAUAUCUCCAUGCUGCAGUCUCACACACAGCCUUCUGGGAAAUAGAAUCCUGAAAAUUUCCCCCCAAUGAUUGAAGCACUGUGGGAACUGCAGUCCAUGAAUACAUUCUGUACAGUUAAGGAAAAAGUCAAUCUGGAGGGCCUGCCGAUCACAUGGACCCACAUGUGCAAUCCUUUAGCAGAUAACAUAAUUUCAGGAGAUUCUCCAAAAUGUAUAUAGACAUAUCAUGCAUUCCAUUGAUACUAGUUUCAUAUCAUACACUGGGCACACAGAAAUAUCUAUUGUAUAUAUUGCAAAGCUACAUGAUGUACACUAAAUAUGUAGGUAUCCUAUUACACGCAUUCCACGAAUGGAUGUUCUCUCUCUCUCUCUCUCUCUCUCUCUCUCUCUCUCUCUCUCUCUCUCUCUCUCUCUCUCUCUCUCUCUCUCUCUCUUUCCACCUGUUGCAUCCUAAAUCACCCCAAACCCUAAACUUGGUGUCCUGGUACUGCUCUGGGAAUCUGCUUCCUUAAUUUUUUUAAUUCCAAUCUUAUUAAAUACCAAAUAAAAUGAGCAUUCUAUAUACAAAGUAGAACAGAGAAAGAGGAUUGUACACGAAACUGGAAUCUUUCAAGUAAAGCUUUUUUUAAAAAAAAGGGUGAGUGUGUGUGUGUGUGUGUGUGUGUGUGUGUGUGUGUGCUCCUAUAUAUUCUGCACCCUUGUUAUUUUAAGACUUGCUGACCUACAGUCCCAGUUCUGACAUCCUGGAUUGUUCAGGCUAAUCAUUGCCAUCUCCAGGGCUCAACCCCAUGACCCCUUGGGGUCUCUUCAGGGGGAAUAUUGGGCAGGAAAGGGGCAGCUCCUGGAUCCAGCCCUUCCUCUAUGUUUAGGCAGAGAUGCCCCCUUGUUCUUGGCAAGCCCUCAUCUUGGCAGGCUUUGCAAACUCUCAAGAGGUUGCUAACAUGCAAUUUCUCUUUUUAAUUGGCCCCUGGGUUCUCUCCCAAUGUGUUACUAUCUGACCCCACGUAUUGAUUUGCAGCUGCUGGCUACCAUACCCUUCUCAAAAGACCUUGGUAGCCCCUCCAUUAUUUUUGGUCUCCAGAUAAUCAGGACAGCUCCCCUAUAGAUAAGGAGUUGUAGUGCAUGGUUAUUUUUAUUAUUGGACUUUCAUGUGCUACAAAGCUAUUUUGUAGCUUUACAUUGACCUGUGUUUGGUUUAGGGUCGCUCUUAGCCAGUUCACUCUCUUGUGUUUUUUUCUGGACAUCAAGAUCCCUUUUACUGACAGUGAACUGGAGCCUCAUAUUCAUAUUUGCCCCUCUUUGAGAAUUUCUCAGCUGAGUUCAGAGCUAUUCAUUAGUCUCUGGUAACCAAUUUCCCUAAUGCCUCCUUGAUGAACUUGCUGUCAAAUGUUGACUUAGUCAGAACAGAUCCUGGCUGGGAAGCCAUACAUUCCUACAACAUGUUGGCAACUGUAGGAGAUAUCUGGUUUCAGUGUACAGUGACUAAAAUGGUUUGUCAUCACCAGAAUGUUGCUCAUGUUCUACCUACCUCUUUUCAAAGAUAAAACGUCUAUACGCACAAACUCCAAAGACUGGCUAGUUCAUAUAUUCUCCAGAUAAGCAGUACAAGGAAGAUUCAUUUUCCUUUGAACAUAUUUAAAAAAUACAUCCUAAACAUAUCUCUCUCUGUCUGGGGCCAGCAGAAUCAAAUUUGUACCAAUUUCACAGUUCUCUUUUGACCCGGAUGUCCAAAAGCAUCAUUUAGGACUUUCAUGGCCAUGGAGUACUAUGUCAUGGGUAGCACCAACUGCUUUCUUGUCCUUUGUAAUGAUGCAUCACUAAUUUACUCCAGUGCUUCACUUGCAAUACCAGAAUGUCUCCAGGAGAGGUAGUUUGAGUCCCUUGGGUUCAAACUGCCCAUUUUUUGUUUAGAUGGUUAGAACUUCUUUAUAAAGAAGCUGAAGAAAGAGAAGAUAUGAUUGGUCAACACCAGUAACAAGUGGUCUGCUCCCAUUGUCUGGCCCCUCUUUUCUUCCCCUCACCUUCACCAUGUGUGUGUUCAAUCUUCCUUCAGCCAGUUCAAAUAAGAAAGAAGCUCAUGAGAUACCUGCUUCUCACAUCCUUUUCUCCAUGUUUGUAUACAUGUCUUCUUUAACAGUCCAAUUAUGAGAAAAAGUAAGUUUCUGCUCAUAUCUUACCGAGUGUAUUCCUUCUCCUGCCUUUCUUUUCUCUUUUAAAACAAACACAAAAUAGAACAAAACCACUUUCAUGCACUGUGAUUGUGUUUCUUAAUCCUCUCUGACACUGGAAGGCAGUGGGGUUUCUUAAAGGACAUGAUUCUUCUCCCCCUAUUAGAAUAUAAGUACUUCAUCAUUAUUUAGUUCCUUCCAGUUGCUUAAAGGUAUUUACCUUUUUAGGUCCUCUUGACUCCUAUGCUUGUGUCCCAAGGUUUCUACUUGUAUCUUUUACUUUUUCAUCCAGAAUGUUUGAGGGGCAGCUAGGUGUCAUGGUGGUUAGAGCAAUGGGCUUUCAAUAAGGAAGACUCAUCUUUAUGAGUUAAAAUCUGGCCUCACUUACUAGCUAUGUGACCCUGGGUGAGUCAUUUAAUCUGAUUUGCCUAAAAAUAAUGCUUGAAAAAGUUCUCUAUCCUAUUAAAGGCCCAUUUCCCCUCCCUCCUUCCUUUAAAGCUAUACAGAAUUCAAGCUUGUAGAAGAAGUUAUUAUUGGUUGUAAUUCUUCAUAUUUUACCUUUUGGAAGAUCAUAUUUCAAGAUCUCUCCUUCAUGUAGUGACACAUAGUCUUACGAGAUCGUGAAUGUAGUUCUUUGAAACUCAAAUUCAAGUUUCUUGUAGUAGUUUUUCAUUGACCUGUAUGUUCUGGUCUUUGACUAUUGCAUUCCUGUCUAUUUUUAAUUGGAGGUUACUUUCAGGACAUGACUGGUAUAUUCUUUCAAUUUUUAUUUUUCCCUAUAGGUCCAAUAGAUCUGGGCAGUUUUAUGAUUUCUUGAAAUAUGAUACUUAUGAUUUUUGUUUGGUGAUAGUUUUCAGUAAAUCCAAUGAUUCUCAAGUUAUUCUUCACCUAUUUUAGUUGUUUUUUUAAAUAGCACUUUAUAUUAUAUUUUGAAAGUCUUUUCACUUUGUUCUGAUAUUUCUUGCUGUUUCCUGGAGUCACUGAGUUUUGUUUGCUCCAUUCUACUACUUGGAUAAAGCUUUGUAUUUUUUACACUAACUCUGUUAGGUAGCAUCUAACUUAGCAUUAUCCCAAUAUAGAUAAGAGAAUUCUCAUCUAUAUAAACCUUGAAAUUUAAUUCUACACAUGUAAUCUUGGAGCCUUUCUCCUCAAAACUGAAAACUCCAAUUUUUGGAUAUGAUAAUAUAAGUCUGUGAAUCCCUGAAUGGAAAAUGUAAUAGAUCUGGACACUCUCCUCCUUCUGGUGGAUAACUACUAGCAUCAGUGUGAAAAAUAAAAAUUUUGCUUGAAUCUGCAAAAGCCAGGACUGGCAGUGCAUUCACAAGGCAGCUGACCAUAUCCCAAUGAUAUCCUAAUAGUGUCUGAGGGAUUAGAUCCCACUCCCCAAUCUCCUCUUUUUACCUUUGGAAAUACAAAGUAACUCUUCCUAAUAUGUAUCCCCUUCAGUUUUAGCUUAUUUAAUCAAAUCUAGCAUGCAUGUAUUUAUUAUCUGCUUUGUGCUAGGCACCGAGGAUAAAAAGAAAAAAUGAAAUGGAAACAUCAUAGGACUAAAGAGCACUGACUCUUUGGUAAAGAAUGAGCACUCCUUGUUGAAGCUCUCACAGUUAUCAUUAGGAUCUAGAGUUCAGGUCACCAUUAGUUAUUGGGUUUUUUUUCCCUGAAACCCUUUUCUUUUCCCUUUUUGCCCCAGUCUCUGAUGGUUGAAGCAGUCUCAGACGAGACCUUCACAGUGCCCUUUAAAUGUUAGAGGCACAGAAACUUCUUACCCAGCCAGUCUGAAUUAAGUGAUACCAUUAUACCACAGGCUCAUACACAUCUUUCUGGGAGAUGUGGUCCAGAGAUUUCUAAAAAUGCUAACAAUAAUAAAUUUCUAAUAACAAUAAUAAAAAUCUACAAGAUUUGUGUGCUCCCAGUCAUUGUGGGAAAUGAAGUUCAUGACAAUAUUUUUUAUAUUUCUCCCCUUCAAGUACCCCUUCUCAAUCCCAUAAAAAAAGAAAAUUGUGCAGCUCCUGAAAACUACAAGUUUGUUAAGAUUUUUAGCUACUCUCCUAAACAAUCAGUUUUCUUUCUGAGUUUUUCAUUAAGAGUUCUAAUUUUGGGGGCAGCUAGGUAGCUCAGUGGAUUGAGAGUCAGACCCAGAGAUGGGAGGUCCUGGGUUCCAGUCUGGCCUCAGACACUUCCUAGCUGUGUGACCCUGGGCAAGUCACUUAACUCCCAUUGCCUAGCCCUUACCACUCUUCUGCCUUGGAACCAAUGCAAAGUAUUGACUCUAAGAUGGAAGGUAAGGAUUAAAAAAAAGUUUUAAUUUCUUUCAGGUAUUUCUUAGGAUAUCCAACUUUCCCAUAGAUUCUUAUGAUUAUUUCAUGGUUUUCUUUUCUUUUCUUUUUUUGGUGGUGUCUGAUUAUAGUUCCUACAAAAAUUAUUCUCUUCAUUGAGUUUGAUCUGGUGGUUUUCUUAUUUCACACUAUUUCUUUUUUGCAUUAGGUGCUCUAAUACGCUCUUUUCCUUAGUUUCUAUGCUGAUCUCUCCUUCUCAGUCCGUUGUCAAGGAUGCUUCCUUGUGAUAAUUUCUUUAUGUUUCCUUGUUCUGAUCUUUCCAAAAAGCUUAUUUGACCCAUUUCUUGGUGUUUGCUGAGCUCACUGGAUGGUGAGCUCACAUUAAGGUUGUCACUCAGCUUUCUCGAUUGUUAAACUUUCUUCGUUCAUCUUUUAGCCUCGUGUUCUUGUAAGAUUUUUGGAAGUUGCAGUGCAGUCUUAGAUCUUUUCUCUCACUUUAUUUCUUCUGACAUUUAUUAGUUUUUUGGACCAAGUAAUUUCCCCUCUGACACUUAGCUUACAUGUCCUUAUUGAGAGUUGCAUCUCACCACCCGUAUGAGUGCUUGUUAAUGGAUGGAUGGAAUUUGUGAUCUUGGAUGUCUCAUUCAGUGUUACAGCCUGGACUUCUCAUAAGCAGUCUCUGAGUGGACUCUGGCCUCAGCCCUAUUUUCUCCUUAUGGAAUCACCAACAUGGAGUAGACUUUGUCUCAUGCUGUGGCCUCGAUGGCUCCGGACCAGUUAGCAAGGAUUAUGCUGGCUGCAGCCUCUUAGACAACCUUCUAGACCCUGUUUGCCACCAUCACCUCGAUGCCCUUUUGUGGUUACUAAAUAUUGAAGCCUUCAUUGAUUUUGGUGCCUCCAAGAAGGGUCCUGGACAUCUCUGUAUUGUUUCCAAUUUCUUGAGGCAGUUAAGUGGUGUAUUGGAUAGUGUGCUGGACCAGGAGUCAGAAUGAUCUGAGUUCAAUCUUGCCCCAGAUAUAGUAGUAUCUGAGACAAAUCUGUGGACAAAUCAUUUACUCUUUCUCAGUCUCAGUUUUCUCAUCUCUAAAAUGGGGACAAUGUCACCUAUCUCCCAGGAUUAUUGUGAGAAUCAAAUGAAAUAUCACAUGAAAUAUGCUUUUCAAACUUUAAAAAUUCUCUUUUUCUCUGUUAGUUGUUGACAUCAUGACUUGUUAUUUGAUCCUAAGGUAUGGCUGCUGAAUUUUGGAGAUUGCACUGAUGUCAGGCCUCUGGGAGGGCCCUUCAGUGCCAGAUGCCUAGGCACCUCUGCCCCCCUUCUCUCUACUUGGGCAGACCCUUACCAGGAGCUCCCUUAACAGUUUUUCUCCUGCUGUGCCUCCUAAAGGCUGGGUCCCCAAUCCCACUGGCUCCAGGCCCCAGUAGGCCUGCCCUCCCCUAGAGUCACAACAGGCUUCUGGCUGGCUUCUUGUGCAAUCCUGGACUGGAUAGAAGAGCAAGUAGGUGUUUCUUUUUGGUUUUAUCCAUCCUUGCUUCCGUGGGCACACUUUUGUUUUUUUCAAGGAACUUCGCUUGACCAUAACAAUUUUUUUUCAUAACCAUUUUUACUUAAAGUCCACUUUCUUACCAGAACACAGUUCCUCUCUGAUCCUGCUUGUGCUGGAGCAGAGCUUGCUGAUGGGACCCUGUUCUCUUCUGGGGCUUUCAGUCCCUUGCCUAGAUCCCUGGGGCUGAAAUCUACUCCUGGUCACCAUUUUGGCAUGGAAGUUUAGAUGAAGACAAGGUUUCAAGAAGGAAUGAUAGACAGUACAGGCUGGAGACAGUUUGAGAUGGGAGGGAGACUGCUGUCCCUUUUUGAAAGACCGAGGAGCCUCUUGGUUCUUAAGGCAUGACAAGUGCCACUACAUUGCAUGCAGUAUCCAGAGGAGUGUGCCACGGACCCUUGGUCCAGGGCAGUUUGGAUAGCCCAUGGAUAGCAUCAUCCUUUCCUCUUUAGUCUGUGGUGAUUGCUUUAUGGAUAGUGCUUGGAUUUCCCCAUUUGGGGUCAUUUUGUUAUCUUGUUUGGUGUGUUUCUUACUGAUGGGAUAUGAUUUGGGGACCUGGAGUCAGACACAAUCUCCCUCACAAUGAUUUUGCUGGAUUUCCACCAGCUGCUUCUCCCUGAUCUACUCUAAGUAGCAGGAAUUCCCCAAGUCCCUUGGGGCAUGUGUUCCCCCAGCAAAAGACAGGAGCUCUCUUUUCCUUAACUUCCUCCCCUGUGGGAGUACAGACAGUCCAGAUCAGACAGCCUUUCCAGCAGAUGGCUGGGCUGCCUUCUCUUUGUAUAUAUCCAGUGCCUAGCUUUGUGCUUGGCAUAUCACAGGGACAUUGUAAAGGUUUGUUCACUCAAAAGGUUUGUUUACUUUUUGUCAUUGUGUCCCUAGUAUAUAACAGACCCCUAAUGAAUGCUUGUGGAUGGAUGGAUGGAUGAAUGGAUGGAAUUUGUGCUCUUAGCUGUCUUACUCAAUGUUCAAUAAUUUGUGUAUAUCUGAAUCUUUCUAUCCCUAUUCUGAUCCACUACGGGCACAGUGGGAAAGGCUGGGGGAUUGUGGGACUUCACAAUGAUGCUUUGAGCUAACAAUUUUUUGAUGGGCUUCCCAAGGUCCUCUGUCUCAGAAAGUGGUUUCCCUAGGAACACUUUGGCAAAUGCUGGCAGUGGUUGAGGCAGAUUAUAAUUUUGUUCCUUGGGUACAUUCUGUUCUUCACAUGGGGAAAUCUGGUAUCCUAACCCUGGUUUUCUUCCCCCAAAGUCCCUUCUCUUCCUUUGCAGGAAUUAGGCUUCUCUGGAUCAGUCCCAAGCCUGGGGGUUCAGGGAACUUUGAGUGCCUGUGAUCAGCAAAAGAUCUUUUAUACAAGAGGUAUGACCUGCCCAGAGGGGGGUUCAGGUUCCAAUCCAACAGUGCCAACGCUUUACACAGAGCCUGACACUGUACCAAAUGAACACUAAAAUUCCAAGUAUCUUAACUGGGUCUGGACAUACUGAAGCCACAGUGUUCACCUUUGCCCCAACACCCACAAAUUCCCUGGCUGACUCCAAAGUGACAUAUGGAUAGUCUUCCUCACUUCCUCCACAACAUCCUGGCCCUGGGAGAGGCCAUAGAGGCCUACGCCUUUGGCUUUUUUGUAACUCUAGGUAGAAAUACAACUUUUAUCUCUAGCCCCUUGUCAAUCUUCUGUGAUUUGGAGCCCUCUGCAGCCACUGAUUACCACUCUCUGCAGCCAUCUCUCCAACCUAGGUCAAAGCCAGAGAGCUUCUAUUACUCUUGGGAGAGAGGUAGGAGUUUUAUGUUGCUGUCAUCUGUGCCCUCAGUGCCAAUGCAUUAGCUAUUAAUUGGCUCUCUAACACCAAUGUUGUAACACUGUUACCUUAGGGCAAAGGCUCUCUAGUAAUCUCUUUGGCUUGCUUUUCCCUGAAAUUCCUGUGCUUUAUUCUAGCCAGGUAGCAAAGAUCGGCCAGCCUGGUAAGCAAGCCCCCAGAUAUCACCUUAAUUGUACCUAGUGGGCCUCCCUUGAGUGAUGGCUACCCUAUGGGCUGAAGCCCUGCCUCUGUUGGCACUGGUUCAGUGGUCAAAUAUUAGAGCACCUCACUUGCAAACAGUCACUUUCCAUAUGCCACAGUCCAUUCUGUUUUUUCUGUGAUCAGCAACUCCUGGCUCAAAGUGGAGAGCUUAGUAACAAGGCUCCACUAUUUCCCUUUUUGUAUAGUUCUUUGGCAACCUGGGAAGGCCUCAUGCUUUGAGGCAGCUCAGUCUUUUUUUUUUCAGGUAGAACAACCACACACAGAAGAUUCCACACUGCUAUGAAAAGUAGCUUCAGUUGGGAUCUAAUCCCCGUCUAUCUACCAGUGGCAUCUUCACACAACUCAACAGUCAUGUGGCCAUUCACGUGGCCAUUCACCUCAGUCCAUAAGUGUACAAUUGCUCUAGAUUCAGGCCUGCCUAGACCCUUGAACACCAUCUUCUAAGACAAAUUUGUAUUAGUAGUGAAGGAAAUCUAUGCCCUGAGCAACCACCAGAAAACAUCUUCAGCAUAUCAGAAAACAGAAAAAGCCAAGGGAGCCAAGGAAGCUGUCCAUCCCCCAAGCCCCAAGCAUCAACGAGUCCUUGACAAGUUUCACAAAAUAUCUAACUCAUGGCUUCCAGGACCCUGAGUUGAUCUUGGGGACAUCAGGUCUAGACUAGAUCAGCCACCUGUGAGGCUCCCUUUAUGGGCCAGGCACCACGCUAGGUCCUGGGGAUACAAUGAAAUACGAGGUUCAUGGGACUCAGGUUUCACCCCCAUCCACAUUGGAUCUCUCCUUCCCUGUCUCCUGGACUCUUCUUUGCAUUUGCUUUCCUUUGCUCUUGCUCUCCUGCUGCUUUCCGCAGAACAUCUACAUUUAGCUUGUAUCUUGCUCUCCCCAUAGGGGUGUUCAAGCCAGUUUACUACUUGGCAACUAAGGCUACCAAUGUGUAUUUCGAACUUUUGGGACCAGACCCAAGAAUUCAUUGACCGAUUUCUGGGGAGGUUGUUCCCCUCCCCAAGGCACACUGACCCCUGCUCUAGAACUCCGAGUUUGAGAAAUCUGCCUGGGGUUACUUAGACCUUCUCUGAUUAGCUCAAUUGAGGUCCUUGGGUGACCGAGGCAGGAGUCAAGUGCAGAUUUCCCUGCCUCCAAGGCUGAUGCUCCACCCAGGAUGCCUCGAGCCUUUUUGAACAUAAAGCAGAUUUGUUAUAAGCAUGUAAAGAGAUAAAGGUAAUCCUCUCCAAAUCCAGAAGAAGAUGAGCAGAGCCAAUGGCCUCCCUUCCUCUCAAAUCUGCAGAAAUAACCUCUGGGCCCCCACUGGGGAAGACUCAGACAUGUGAUUGGAGAAGGAGAACCUCAGUGAAGAACCCAGUCAGUCCCGUCUCUCUGCUUGUCUCCCCUGUAGUUCCUGCCCCUUGCAUUAACUUCUGUGUGCCCAUAUCUGUCCGAGCUCCCACUCUGCUUGCUUCUGCUACUGCUUCUGCUUCUGCUUCUAUUUCUGCUUCUGCUGCUGCUUCUGCCGCUGCUUCUGCUUCUGCUUUUCUGCUUCUGCUUCUGCUUUUGCCGCUGCUUCUGCCGCUGCUUUUGCCGCUGCUUCUGCCGCUGCUUCUGCUUCUGCUUCUGCUUCUGCCACUGCUUCUGCCACUGCUUCUGCUUCUGCCGCUGCUUUUGCCGCUGCUUCUGCCGCUGCUUCUGCCACUGCUUCUGCCACUGCUUCUGCUUCUGCCGCUGCUUUUGCCGCUGCUUCUGCCACUGCUUCUGCUUGCUGCCAUAAUUGUGGAUGCUUCUGUCCUCCUCCUUCUCCUCCUCCUCCUCCUCCUCCUCCUCCUCCUCCUCCUCCUCCUCCUCCUCCUCCUCCUCCUCCUCCUUCUCCUCCUCUUCUUUCAUCUCUUGCUUGUUCCUAGUCAUCUCUGCUUUUCUCUAAACAGUGCCUAUUCUGUGGUACCAAGGAAUUAUUGGAAAGAUAAUUUUUCUCCAGCUCCUUUCCUUCCCCUCUGUGCAAGUCCAUUAGCCUUCUGUAGUCAGGGUGGUGUAGUCUUAGCAUGAAUGGAAUGAAAGCCAGGAGCCAUGGCUCUUGCCCUGGACCUCCUCCUAAAGAGCAGGAACGGCAAAUCCUUUACCUUUUGGGGUCUCAUUUGUUUUCCAUCUGUAAGAUGACGUGAGUUGGAUGAUGAGUUUUCUUAGGUCUCAUUCAGCUCUAAAAUGCUAUGUUUUUUGUCCUGGCAAUAAUCUCUUUCAUUGAACCACAGAAAAGAGCUUUGGACAGUGGAAGAGAAUUGUAUGGGAAAGGAAACUUCAAAGACAUGUUGAUUCCAUUUCGUCCUUUUGGGCUGUUGUUCUUUAACUUGAUUCCAAUCCGGGAUUUCAGGCAAAGAAGUCCCAAGUACGCAAACUCUUCCCACCAUUUUGGUUGUGGAUGGGCAACUUAUUUGCAAUGUAUAGAUUCUGAGUGUUGCCUAAAGGCACUGUUGCCCUUGAUCAUAUAGCUAAUGGCUGUUGAUGUAUUUUAUUUCAGUAAAAACUCUUAUAUUUAGAGCUGGAAGGGACCUUAGAGCUCAUCUCAUCCAGUCCCCUCAUUUGACCAAUGAGGAAAAUUGAGACCUAAAGAAAUUCAAUGACUUGCUUGAGAUUGGAUUGAGAAAAUGAUAAAGUCUGGAUUGGCUUCUGACUACACCUCCUGCACCCUAGCCACAAUACCUUGUACCAUCUUGCAUUGUAGAGAGUUAAUAGUUUUCUUUUUUAAAAAGCAAAGAUGAUUUACUUUCAGCCUAAGGAAAGAAGAAUUCUUUUCCCCAAAGAGUAAAAUAUUUUUUGGAGAUGACCAAAAUGCAUCUAAGCCUGACAGCCCAGACAGUGAAAAUCCAAUGAGGAUAGAAAACAGGCAUUGUGAUUACCUCUUGCCUGGCAGCUCCCACCUCACUGGGAAAGGUUGUAUCAGAGAGAAUUUUAACAAUCAGAUGGUGGCCUCUUGAAAGUCGAUUUUGCUCUCUGAUCCAUUGUAUAAGAAAGUGAAAGCAGCUCAGUCUACUGAGGCUGUCGCUUGACUGGGGCAAUCAGGUAGGAUAUAGAAAGUAAUGAGCUUUCCCCUUUAAAAAAAAACAUAAGUAAAAUGCAAAUUAUACUGAAUAUGUGCAGAUACUCCCUGCCUACUUUGAGUCAACAGCAAGGGAGCUUUGGGGCUGACUUCUUGCCAAGUAGGACUUGGGGCUAAUGGCUCACCAGAAGAGCUGACACCCAAGUGGAUGUACAAAAGGGAUCAACCCAUUGCUGCUGACUUUUCUUCCAGAAAAACAAAAACAAAAAACAAAAAAAAAAACAAAAAACAAAAAAACCUCCAACAAUGGCAGAAGCCCAAGUUCAGUUGAUUUCUGGGACAGUAUCUGUUUAAGUCUCUUUUCUUCAUAGCAACAUAGGUAUCACAUGAUCCGUCCCCCCUCUAUCCUACAACCCUCCUACCCAAAUGCUCUUAUAUAUAACUACUUUGUAUUUAAUUCAUAUGUACUCUCUCCAUAUGUAUCCUGUAUAUACUUAUAUAUAUGUACAUAUAUGUAUGUGAUGUCUCCCUCAUUAGAAUGCAAGCUCCUUGCAACUAGAGGUUGUUUCAUGUUUUGGUCCUUAUAUUCUCAGUGUCUGGCACAUAGUAGACACUUUCCUAAAUGCUUGAUGAUCUGCUGAUUGACCCAUGUGCACAAACAUUGAAGAAGGGGUUUCUGGGAGCAGAGUUUUAUGAAAUGGGAAGGGUUAGUCUUGUUCAUUGCAUUCUUUCCUAAGCCCCAGCCUUCUUCUCCAAAGGCAAAUCUCUUGAUUAGGUGGUGUUCACCCAGGGUGGGACUGGGAUUGGAGAUGGCUAACCAUGUUGGGUAGUAGACUAGGAAAACAGAGAGCUGGGCCCAGGUUACCUAGUGAAUCAUAGUCCAAACUUGAAGCGAACCAAGGAAGAAGGUGGGCACUGGUGCUGGAAUUUGAAGGACUCCAGGAGCUGGGGUUGGGAGAUUGUUUCUGGCAGCCAGAAGGAAAGAAGGACCAGGUAGGGCAACUGGCUAAUCUUGGAUUGUAAAAUCCCUUUGGAGACCCAUUGUAAUCUAUGAAGACCCAAGAAACUGGGAUUCUUUAAUUCUCUGACAGAAUCUUCUGGGUCUCCCCCUCCCCUCCCACCAUGCAUCUCACAUAUCUCCUCUAGUGUCUAAAAUGACUCAGUCUCAUUAAAGUUCAAAUAAAUGAAAAUCCAUCCUUUCUUCAAGUGACCUCAGUUUCCUUACACAUAAAAGGAGAAAGUUGGAGUAGGUACUCUCAGAGGUUCCUUCUGGCUAGAGAGUUAAGUCCUGGGAUCCUGUGAACAUUUCAUGGGACCCAGGAUGACCAUUAGAGUGUUCUAGGAAGUAGGAAUGAUUCAGAAUGGAAACAAAAGGCAAAUUGUGCCCAAGUUUGGCCCUGCUGAUCACCUCCUUCAAGAGAGUCAAUAGGAAGUUGAACAUUCUUUAGGGAAAUGGGAUAUAAGAGUGAAGAGAAUUCUAUAGUCUCACCUCUCCCACAGUUCUGCCCCAGAGAGCCUAGAGGUGAAGCAGCCUUCUCUGGGCAUAGCAACACUGGAGUGGGGACCUCAGAAGCCGUUCAGUCAAACUUGGGUGAAAUGCGAAUCCUCUUUGCAACACUUCUGAUAAGUGGUCGGUCAUCUACUCUCUGUUAAGAGAUUUAAAGGGAUGGGGAGCUCACUACAUCCUGAGACAGUCCGUUGUGCCUUUGAAGGGUUCUAUUUCUUUUAGAAGACUUUCCUUACCCUGAGCCAAGAUAUGCUUUCCUAGGGUUGGACCUAUUGGUCCUACUUCUGGUCUUCGGUGACAGCUAGAUUGAAGUAGUAGCAAGUCUGAUUCCUUGUCCACAGGAGCCCCGUCCCCUCCCUCAAACUUGCUCCCCACUGAAAGGCCAAAUUUUUUGUCACUGUGAGUGGUCUUCCCUCCAGAGACCUGAAUUCAUCUCCUCUCCCAAGUCUAUAUCUCAAACCUGCUCUCUGACCUUAUAUAUCCCUCACCUAGCAAGCUGGUUCCUAGAGAUAUAGGAAAGAUCUUGGAUAAGGCUUGGAGGGAUGAACGUGGGCUAACUGAGUGUGACAAAUAAAAUGUCUUGACCAUCUCUCCUUCCUGUGCUGUCAAAUGGAAUGAGAGGUGAAGAGGGUGGGAGUGUAUUACCUCUCAGUGAAAUGAUCUGGGAAUAAACUCAUGCCUCAAUUUAUAAGAAAGUUGCAUUCCAUGAGCAUCAUGCCUUAUUAUCAGAAACUUCUCCCCUAGAAAUAGAAAUGAUGUGGCUCUCAGUCCCCACCUCUGGACUCCUCUAGACAGUCUUGUUGGAGUCUGCAGGUGAACACAUGUGGGUUCAAAUCUCAAAGCUAACAAGAACACAUGUGUGACUUUGGGCAAGUGACUUGACCUCCUUUGGCCUCAAUUUCCUCAUCUGUACAAUGAGUGAAGUUAGACUAGAUGGCCUCUGAGGUCCCUUCCAGCUUUUGAUCUGUGAACCUCCAUCCCCAACUUGGCUCUCGAAGAGAUGGAGGAGUUCAGUCCUCUAUCCCUCAGGGGCCUCUUGAAUCCAGUUGCAUCACAGUAUCCUCUUUCACCUCCUCUACUGUCUCCUAUCCCCUACCUCCCACCAACUGGGACUUUCUCCCUGUCUAGAGAAUAUGUUGGUAGAGGCUUUGCUGUGCAUGCAUAUAAUUCCUUGUUGGUUUUCUCUGUUCGUUCUCAUAAACCAACAGAAUUUUAGAGAUAAAAAAGACUUUCUCCUUUAGCUUUGCAGGAGAAGUCUUUCCCUCUUCAGCAAGGAUAAACCAGAGAAUUGCCUUGACAUGUGCACAAAGUACCUUGUUAAUCUGGGAGUCAUUUUAAAAAAAAAAUCUGAAGACAAAUCAAAAAGCUAUCCAUCCAUCCAUCCAUCCAUCCAUCCAUCCAUCCAUCCAUCCAUCCAUCCAUCCAUUCAACAAUGUACAUGGUGAUAUGAUUGGACAAGUCCAAAGAUUUGAGAUGGUGAUUCCAGGACAAGCAACAAUCUCUGCCUUUGGUUUUUCAUGUGUUUGGGGUUUUCAUUGCAGAGGGAAAAGGAAGUAAUGACUAGUGUGCUGGAAUUGGAGUUUCAAAACUGAUGUCAAAUCCCAUCUCUGACCCUUUCUGGUUGUGUGACCCUGGGAAAGUCACUUAACUUCUCUGAGCCUUGGCAUCCUUAUUUGGAAAAACAGAUAGUAACAAUAACUACCUCCCAGGGUUGUUGUGAGGUUCAAAUGAGAUAAUGAUUGCAGAGCACUUGGCAAACGUUAAAGUGCUAUAGAAAUGCCAAUUAUUAUUCAUUUUGUUGAGCAAGAGUUCUGAUUGGUAAACAUAUUGAUUGGUCCCAUGUUAUCCCCUGAUUAAGGCAUGCUCAGUCCAAUUCUCUACUGCUCCAAGGAUUGCCUCUUGACUGUGUUAAGCAUAUCUGCAUGGAUGUUCAUCUUUCUAAUGGGCUCCCUUGCACAAGUUGCUUUUUAGGGUCUGAGUUUGGUCUCUGUUUCUUGCUAGCUGGCUGGCUAGCUUGGGCAAACCUUUGGGAGCCUUAGUUUGUGCUGUCAGACAGGGAUAUUCACAUUUGUGUAGUGGGUUGAUCAGGGGAGCUGCCUUGAGAAUUUAAUGAAGUUGCCCAUUGGCCCCUCUUUGAGAGGAUUGAAGACAUCUCCUGUGUGAGGAUCCUGGAGCAGGGUGGAAUGCGAGAGCUGGGACUCCCUUUCCUAGGGAAGUGCCCUUCUCCAUGACCUUGACCAGGGAAUGCCUUUGAUCAGCCCUCCAUACUUGCACUACCUACCUCACAGGGUUGUUGUGAGGGUCCAAUGAGGAUGGAUGCCAAGUACUUUGUGAACCCUCAAGCAUCAUCUAAAUGCCAGCCAACACCAUGAUCUCUGCACACUCCAGUUUGGGCUCCUACCAGUCCCUUGAAUCAGCACUUCCUGGAAACAGAAUGGAGACCUGCUUCAAGGACUAAAGUCACAUUAGUUAAGCAACUCAAAGGCUCGGGGUCAGCUUCUAGCGAUUUGAUGGAAGAAAAAUAUGGAAAGGAAAUGCCUCCCAGUCACUCAUCUGGACUUCUCAGAUUAAAUUGUGGGGGAUUUAGGAGUCUGGACUUUGGGGAUCUCUCAAUUCUCUUCUUGUGAUUCUGUCAUUUUCACUCCCUUCCUGGCACUGGCGAAGGCCAAAAGACUGAAAAGAACUUCACCAGAAAGUGAAAAAAGCCGAAGAAUCAUGUUGAACUUGAGAUGUCAGUUUGGCAGAAACACUUUUAUAUGAAUAGGGCACUUUCUGCCCUUUAUUUGUCUCUUUGCCAAGCUAAAGUCUGCAUCGCCCUCAAGGCCUAACUCAAGACAUUGCUUCCGCGAAGCUUCCCCCCACCCUGACUCCACCUCCAGUGAACUUUUCUGCCUUUGGGUUAUCUCAAGCAUGGAUGUCUCACAUGAUUGCGUGCUUCUAGAAUGUCUCCUAAGUGUUCCAUGUUUUGUAUUUGUGGGUGUCUUGUUUGCCUUUGUAGACUGCUAGCUUCUCAAAAGCGAGCGCCAUUGCUUCUGCUGCUUCUGUAACCCCCUGAGCCCUCAGCACAAUAAUGGGCACACAGGGGGAACUUGGUAAAAGCUUACAGGUUGGAGCUUACUUGUCUUGACUUGAGGCGACCCAUUUCCAAAAUGGGCUGGUUCAAGCAGCGGUAAGUUUCACUUCCCUGUAGGUUUUUGAGGCUGAAUCAGGACCACUUGGUGGGGGAUGAAGUAGAGGGGGGUGUCCUGUACAAGUAAGGGUUGGAUGAGCUGGCCACUGAGGCCCCUGCCAACUCUGAAAUCUGGUGCGCCUGUGACUUCAGCCAAAUCCUAGAAUUAACUUGUCUUCAAUGGAAGACCUCAGAACUUCUGACUCAUCAGCAUCACAAACUCACCAAAUCCAAAUUGGAACUCAUUAUCUUCUCCCUAAUCCCAUCCUCCUUUGGAAUUUCCUCUCUCAAUCAAAGGUGCCACUAUAUUCCCAGUCCCCAGGUUCAUAAGCUUAGGGUCAACCAUGACUUUUCCCUCCUCCUAUCUCCAGCCCCAUUUUGACUCAGUUGCCAAAUCUUGUUGAUUAUCCCCUCUCCAAAUCAUUUCCACCUAUCCCCCCUCCCUUCAACCACCAUGGCCACUGGACUCAUUACCUAGAGCCUAGGCUCAUGUGAGCCUCCUAAAGGAGCUUCUAGCUUCUGGUCUCUCCUCGCUCCAGUACAUUCCCCUCCACGUUGGCAGAACAAACUUUGUAAAGCAUAGGAGAGACCGCUAAUCCCUUGCUCAAACGUAUAAGCCCCUAAGCUUGGCAUUGAACUCUCUUCACAAUCUCUCUCCAGCUCAACUGCCCUAUUUGCCAAAUGCCAAACCUGGCAUUCUCCUUCCUGCCUCUGUGACUUUGUAUAGGCCACCCCCCAUGCCUGGAGUUCUCUCUCCUCACCGCCACCUCUUACACUCUUCAGCUUCUUUCCAGGCUCAGCUCUUGAGCUGUGAUACGUACCGAUGAUACCUACCCCAGGAUACCUGCUGUUAGUGUUCCUGGACUAGUUUUUGGAGCGUGGGCUCUCUCUCCUCCAAUGACCAAGUAUUUACUUUUCUGUGUAUGUGUCGUGUCCCUCCUGCGGGCAGGGACGCUUUCCUUUUUGGCGCUGGUUUCCAGCCCCUCGAAACGUGCCUGGCCCUCCGUCAUAGGCACUUCCUAAAUGUGUAGUGGUUUUUCUAAGUGGCUCAAUGGAAGAGUUGGUUCAGUCCCUCCUUUGACCGAAACCUUGCUUUUUCCAUAACCGGCACAUUCUCCGGCCGAUGCUGUUGUCCUUUUAGAAGCCCGGCGACAAAGUGCGAGAUGGUGGCCAUCAGCUGUAGUCCUGAUGAGGGUUCUGGGGUUGGAAGCCUCCGAGUGAGCAGAGUGGUCUGAGGGACAAAGUGAUGGAGCUGCUCAUUCGGGGUGUCUUUGCUCAGUGGGAGGGAUGUGGGCUGUUGGGAUAUCCUAGUUGUGAACCACAUAUUGUUUCCAUUAGGGUGACAAUUAGCAUAGAUUUUAUGUAUCUGUUUUAAAUUGAAAGUUGGAAACUAUAAGGAACUUGGCCAGCGAGUCGGGAACCAAGACCCUGUCAUUUGGGAGUACGCUGUGGUGGAGACGACAUACAUACACAGGGCUGAAGUAACCUGAGCAUUUCUGUGUGCAUCCAAGCCUGGCCAAUUGUUGCUAAUAGCAUAGGCGCGACUUCUCCUAAGAUGUGUUUGUCCAAAUCCGCAGAGCUAAACGCUGUUAUUCUGCAGCAGGGUAAUUUUAGAUGGCAAACGAUGUGCUCUUGCUAUAGGACUGCUGUCGUCAAAUUUCUUGGUUGUGCUCUGUAAUUCCAAUAAAGACUAUGACCUACA